UUAGUUACACAGCAAGCAACAUGGGUCAUCCGGAAUUGGAAUUCUCAGCUAUACCCAAGCUAUAUGGUCCUGAAAACUUUUGGCACUGGCGCAUGCUGCUAGUUUCCUAUUUAGAUGCUGCUGAGCUAUGGAAGGACGAUCAUCCUAGAGAAAAUGCGCAUGCCAAGUUUAUACUGCUGGCCAGUUUGCGUGCUGAUGUCAUCGAUGUUGCUUUUGAUCAAAUGACACCCAAGCAAAUAUUUAAAAAUCUUGACGAACGUUUGCGUCCAUUUUAAAAUCAUAGUUCAAGCAUAACUGUCAAAAAGGCGUAUAAUAUAUUUAUUUAGCAGCUGCGUAUACAGAAUAAAGCUUAACAAAAUGA